UCCAGCAUUGGAAAGUGCAAGUCCCGGGCUGACAUUAGCAAAACAUUAAGGAAGUGGUCCUUUACAAAAACUGAGGGAAGUGAUGACGUUACCCUUUUUUAGCUUUUUAAUGCUUUUUGUUACCUAAAGGGUGUAACUACCAUUUCUGGAUCAGAAAAGAAGGUAGCUGUAUCUUCUAAUGCUAGAUUCCCUUUUGAAGUCCUGUGUCUAAAUUUUUCACUACGUAACCUUGUGGCUAUGCUCAGAUUUUACAGAAAUAGUUGCAGCUUUUCGGUGAUCAUUUGGCCUGUUUUUGGUCCUUUGUUGCAUUUUGGUGCAGACCACAUAGUUUUCAAUGUGUAGUGCUCAUUGCUGCAGUAUACUUUUGUACUGAGAGGAAAAUUGCCAACAUUUCCACUAUUUAAACAAGGUACGCUUUGCCACCUUGUAAUGAAUAAAUAACUUUUUGCUUGAUCAAAAUGUAUCGUGGAUUUUGUAACAGAACAAUAGGAAACAAUGCUGUCAAGCAUAUUUUUUGCUAAGAUUUUCUUUAAGUCGCAGACUCAGAAUUUCAGCAUAAAGAUUCUUGGGAAGGGCUCACUGAGAAAGGUGGGAACAGAAACUUGAGGGUACGUGACUGGUGGUUUGGGAACAGAAACUUGAGGGUACGUGACUGGUGGUUGUAAAGCCUGGUUUUGUAUUCUCACUGAGUUUGGAAUUGUUCCUGUCUACUGCAAACAUAAAAUGGGAGGUAAACAUCAGCAAUCUUUUAGUUCGCAUCUGCCUCACAGUGGAUUCAAUCUCUAAGAAUAAAAAUGCCAGAUGCUUAUCGUAGCAUAUAAUGUUAAUAAGCUGGGACAAAGGCAGAAGUGAUAGGCCUGCUUCGUUCAAGGCUGGCCAUGAAAGUGUGGAGAGCUUUCAAGCCAAGAAAGCUCGCUAAUACUGAAGAUGGGUUGCUGAAUAGUCGAGGCAGUUUCAGUGGAGUUUUAUCUUAUGUAAAAGAACUUACUUGGAUGCUUAUCUUCUGGUGGUCUGGAGUCUUCAGCUGUUUCACAGGCAUUGGCGCUAUCUGAGAUGAAGUUAGGUCAAUAUUUGUAUUUUAUGACAGCAUUUGUUUAGCAGCUACCUUGUUUUGAUGCCUCCUUGAGGAGGAAGUGAUCUUCAGACACAGAAUGGCUGCAAUUGAAUGUGCAAUGGGAUUAUGGCAAAAAAGGUAAGAAUAAAAUGUUAUCUCUACUGAUUCAAGGGACGUGCAACUGAAAACGAAAUAACUGACUGCAUAUUAUUAUUUGACUAGAAAGAUGUUUUCUAGUCAAUGUAACACUGGAAUAGGUAGAGGUUACACAGAUAGUUUAGCACGUGGUUAAAGUACAGGAUUUUUCCACGUUCAUUUGUAGAAGUACUGCAAAGCUGAUGCAUCCCAGAUAUGAGUACAUAAACAUUAGAAGAAAUAACCUAUAAAACAUGAAGAUAACGAUGUUUUAAACAGCACCAGUUAUGCAAGGCCUCGUCAGUUACAAUAUGCUGAAGACGUGUAUAACAGGGAUGCAGGUGCUGUUAUUAAGUGCUACCUUGGUUUAGAGUGACACAACCUCACUCCCUCAUCUUGGCGAGCUUUUAGCUUUAGAUUUCCAUAAUUACGUGGCACCAGGUACGUGAUAUAAGAGCAUUUUGCCUUUUUUAUUACUAAAAUUAUUUUGAUGUUCUUGGGCCUUAGAUUUCAGCGGUGUGAUAGACGUAUGGAGAUACUAAGGAAAAACAGGUAAUUUUAUAAAGUGCUCCUUCCAAGACCUUGACCAUGCUUCUAGAGAAAAGGGGAUAAGAUGAGAAAAUUAAUUCUGCAUAAGCAUAGCGGUAGCUGUUUGGACAUAGGAACACAGAUAUACUCUAUUAAUAUCAAUCAAUAUUAACAAUAUACCUUUCUUCUAUAGGCAUAUCUGAACCUUCUUUUAUUGCUAAAAGUGAAGAUCGUUUGUUUAGACAUUUAUUUCAAGACUAUCAAAGAUGGGUUCGUCCAGUGGAACGGUUGAAUGAUACAAUAAAAAUAAAGUUUGGUCUUGCAAUCUCUCAACUAGUAGAUGUGGAUGAGAAAAAUCAAUUAAUGACGACAAAUGUUUGGUUGAAACAGGAAUGGAUAGAUGUAAAAUUAAGGUGGAAUCCUGAGGACUAUGCUGGCAUAACAUCUAUUCGUGUCCCAUCAGAUUCUGUUUGGAUUCCAGAUAUUGUUUUGUAUGACAAUGCAGAUGGGCGUUUUGAGGGAACAUCUACAAAAACUGUGGUAAAAUAUGAUGGCACCGUUGCUUGGACUCCACCGGCAAACUACAAAAGUUCCUGUACUAUUGACGUAACCUUCUUCCCCUUUGACCUUCAAAACUGCUCUAUGAAAUUUGGUUCCUGGACUUAUGAUGGCUCACAGGUUGAUAUAAUUCUAGAAGAUUAUGAUGUUGACAAAAGAGAUUUCUUUGAUAACGGAGAAUGGGAAAUAGUGACUGCAACAGGGAGUAAAGGAAAUAGAACUGAUGGGUGCUGCUGGUAUCCAUUUAUUACAUAUUCAUUUAUAAUUAGGCGUUUGCCACUUUUUUACACAUUGUUUCUCAUUAUUCCCUGUAUAGGACUCUCAUUUUUAACUGUCCUCGUCUUCUAUCUUCCUUCAAAUGAAGGUGAAAAAAUUUCCCUUUGCACUUCAGUAUUGGUUUCUUUGACUGUUUUUCUUCUUGUCAUUGAAGAGAUUAUUCCAUCAUCUUCUAAAGUUAUUCCACUUAUAGGAGAGUACUUGGUGUUUACUAUGAUAUUUGUGACAUUGUCCAUUGUGAUAACAGUCUUUGCUAUCAAUAUUCAUCACCGGUCUUCAUCUACGCACAAUGCUAUGGCGCCUUGGGUCCGCAAGAUAUUUCUUCACAGGCUUCCUAAGCUGCUUUGCAUGAGAAGUCAUGUAGAUAGAUACUGUGCUCGGAAGGAGGAAACGGUCAAUAUCAGUGGCUCAGAAUCAUCUAGGAACACCUUGCAAGCAGCUCUAGAUUCUAUCCGAUACAUUACAAGGCAUGUCAUGAAGGAGAAUGAAGUUCGUGAGGUUGUUGAAGACUGGAAAUUUAUUGCUCAGGUGCUUGAUCGAAUGUUCUUAUGGACUUUUCUUCUGGUUUCAGUAAUUGGAUCACUUGUGUUAUUUAUUCCUGUUAUUCAUAAAUGGGCAAAUAUAAUAGUACCUAUGCAUAUAGGAAGUGCACAUACAUAAGAUAUUUUUGGAUCAGUCUGCAGCUAACAUGGCUCUAUAAAGGUCCAUAGUAGCUCUGUUUCCAUCCCUGCUCUUCGCAGGUAUGUUUCUGAUAGAAUAAAAAAAUCCAAGAACAGAAAAUGAUGCUUAUGUUAAAGCAUGGCAUCCUAGGACACAAGGAAGUCAAUUUGCUUAGUGCUAGUCUACUAAUUCGCUUCUAAAUCUGGUCAGAAUCGAGAAGACCUUCUCAAACACUUGCAUGUACAAUAUGUCAAAAAAGUAUACACUGACACCUACUGAGAAGUACAAGAAUUUAAAAAUUUUUAAAGAGGAGGAUCACUGUAGUCCAGUUAUUAAAAUAUUAUGUGAAGUAUUAUACUGAGUAUUAAAUAUUUGCAGAUACUUAUGCAAUCGAGUUGCUUCUUUCAGUUAUUAGAGCAUGCAAAGGAGGGUUUUAUUGGCAUAAGUCCUCUUGAAUGUGUUGUAAAGUGUAAGGUUUCUACAGGGAAAGUUGGAAACAAUAAUGUAAACAUCCGUUGAACUUUACCAUAUAUUCAGUAUAUAAAUAAAAAUAGUGAUAUGGCUGCAUUUUGCCUUCAUAAAUUUUCAGUGAAAUUUUCUGCAAAAAUUUCUGCAAAACUUAAAACCUUGUUAAUUCUAUAAUACUAAUGUGAACACCUAAUAUAGUAAGCCUUAAAAUGCUUAGAGGAUAUGUGCAUAUUGAUGCCUCCAUAUCAGUUGUGGCAAGGGAGGCAAAGACAAUUAAAUGACUUGCCCAAGUUGCACAAGUAAUAGACCAGAAUGUUCAGUUUUCUUUAUUCUUGAUAAAUAACUUGAUGCAAUAUUUUAGUUGCAAACAUAUUCCUUCCCUACCUUUAUUUCUCAAAAUGAAGUUCGUAAGCCCAGUUAGCAGGAAUUGGGGGAAUGCCUUUCUGAAGAAAAUCAUUUGAAAAUUCUUAGACUGUGUAAACAAAUGUGUGAAAAUUUAUCAAUAAUAUUUGUUUAAAAUGAGUUUAUGAUACUAUCCUUAUAGGUCCUCUCGCUUAUUGGAUCAUAUGUAACUUGGAAUAGCAAGGACUUAUAGAUGAGUCUUUCUCUACUUUUUCUUUUCUGAGGGUGUUGACAAAGAUGUAUAUUUAUGUAUUACAACUUUUU